GGGAAGGACAGUCCUCUGUCUCAGGUCAAGAGCCAGCAGGAGAUAGACAUCAGGGUAGCGAGCACGUGUUACUUGGGGCGGAGGUCACUGCCUUUUGGAGGACUUACUUCUAGGGGGUUAUUUUAAAAGGUGCCCCAGCUAAGCAAGGCGGGAACUCAAGCCCUUAUCAAGUCCUCAUUUAACAUCCAGACACUUGGUGUGAGUCAGCAACUCGGAAAAACAAAAGUUUUUCUCCCAGCGCCUCUCCGGGGAGCCACCUGAGUGCAAAAAGAGGAAGCACGUCCAGGAGGCUCUCCCAAGUCCCCGAGAUGGCUGCCCAGGGGUGCGCCCGGUGCUGGCUGUCGCUCCCCGCGCUGCUGCUGCUGCUGGCAGCGGGCAGUGCGGGCAGCGCGCACGCGCGGUGGGGCGGGCAGGGCACCAGCCCGCACCUGCAGAGCAUCUUCCUGGGCCGCUGCGCCGAGUACAGCACGCUGCUGGGCCCCCAGCUCAGGGACAAGAACUGCACAGCCAUCUGGGAAGCUUUUAGAGCGGUGCUGGAUAAGGAGCCCUGCGCUGUGCUUCCCUCAGACUACGACCCUUUUAUAAGCCUCUCCAGGCACUCCAUUCCCCAGGACAAGUCCCUGUUCUGGGAAAAUAAUCAGUUCCUUGUCACCAGCUACGCAGAGAACGCCCGUCGCUUUAUGCCCUUGCAGGACGUUCUGUACGGCAGGGCUGCAGAUCUCCUGAGCUGGUGUCGGCAGGAAAACGCCUCCGAGCUUGAUUACCAGUCCUGCCCUACAUCAGACGAUUGUGAAAACAAUGCCGUGGAUUCUUUCUGGAAAAGGGCGUCCAUCCAGUAUUCCAAGGAUAGUUCUGGGGUGAUCCACGUCAUGCUGAAUGGUUCAGUGCCAACUGGAGCCUAUCCCGUAAAAGGUUUUUUUGCAGAUUUUGAAGUUCCCUACUUCCAGAAGGAUAAAAUCACACGAAUUGAGAUCUGGGUUAUGCAUGAAAUCGGGGGUCCCAAUGUGGAAUCCUGUGGAGAAGGAAGUGUAAAAAUCCUGGAAGAGAGGCUGAAGGAAAUGGGUUUUCAGUACAGCUGUAUUAACGAUUACCUACCAGUGAAGCUCUUAAAGUGUGUGGACCACAGCACUCACGCUGACUGCGCCCUAAACUCGGCAGCAGCAUCUACUCUAAGAGAAGUCCCUUUCCUUUACGCAGAACAGAGUGCCAGCCUUGUCGUUCCUCUCUUAGUGGCUUUGGCUGCAGGUGCUCAAAUGUAACUAAAAACUCAGCUAUGCUGCCCUACCUGCCCCCACCGGCCCUGAGACCAGCUCUCCCACAGUCAUCCUUCUCGUCCUGUGUGUGUCAAGGUUUCAUUUUCCUGCUGGGAAAACAGUAUCCCAAAAUGGGCUUUUAAAGACAUAUGUGCUUAGGCUUUCAGAACCGAGAGACAAGUUAAAACUGCUGCAUGAGAAUUAAAGUGAGUUAUUAUUUUCUAUUUUCGUGAUGGUACAAAGCACUGAGACCCCCACCGUUUAUUAUAUAAUCAAAGAUUUUCAGAAAGUUCUAAUAGAACUGUAUUUUUUAUUUUUUCUAUAUUUUUCUAGAUCCCCAGCAGGGCAUACUGUAUAUUCGUUGACAGCUUAAGAUAUAUGUACACUGUAAGAAGGUAUACAUAUAUAUUGGGAAGGCAAAGAUUUAUAUAUGAGGAUGUUCAUUUAACAUGGGUAUAACAGGGUCAUACUCAACACAGAACUGUUUACAUAUGGUUUGGUAGAUGUGCACGAUAGAAUACCAUUCAAAUAGUAAAAGUCAUGUUUACCAACCCAAAUGUCCUUCACCUGGGGACUAGAUGAGCUAAUAGCGGUGCAUCUGCGCGGCGGAGUACUAGGCAGCGAUAAAGCACAGCCGGCCCUUGACACAUGCAACAACAUGGAUGAAACACACGUGCAUUGUGCUAAGUGGAAGAAGCCAGAUCCAAAGGCUGCAAACUGUAUGAUUCUAUCUACAUGACAGUCUGGAAAUGACACAAUUAUAGGAGUGGAGAACAGGUCCGUAGUUGCCAGGGGUCAGGACUUGGGAGAGGGACUAAGAAGGAACAGCGGGAGGGCAUUUGGGGGGCAGUGACAGAACGGAUCUGUAUCUUGACUGUGGUGGUGGUAAUGUGAAUCUACGUAUUCGUCAACACUCAGAUACAUCACAAAGAGUAAAUUUCAUUAUAUGUAAAUGAAAUGUUUCCAAAGAACAUUUAAUCACAGAAAAACAUCAACAAUAACUGCAAUAGAUAGGAUAUAAAACAGUUUGUCAUAUGAUCCAAUUGUCUAAAUAAAAUAUAAAUUUAACAGA